AUGCCUCGCAACUCCACUCCUAUCAUCUCUCCUCUAUUCAGAUAUGUUUGCUACAAUGAGGACCAGUGGCUCUUUGUUGUCCACAACCCUACCAAGAACAUUGGGAUCAAGGUCGACACUCCUCCCACAAGCUACCUGGAAUUUGCAACUAUUGGUAAUAUGAAACCUGACAUUCUGGGUGCAUUAUCAGUUGUAACCGAUGGGAAGGACUGGGAUUUACCUGCCAUCCCUCUCUCUCGCAAGGACAUGGAUCUCAGUGCCUUUGCCGUUGAUGGCAGAAUCAUUGAUCCUGAUUUAGAUGCAUUGGGUUUUUACAAAAAUGGGCACCUGGACAUGGAUCAAGUUAACCACCAUGUCUGUCUCACAUUGGAUCGUCUCCACUGCUAUGACAACAAAGGACCUUCUCACAACAACUGUCAUGGGCAGGGUUUUAACCCUUUCAAAGUCACUACCAAUGCAUCUCACACCCCUACUAUUAUGCCCAUGGCUCCCAUCAAUGAGCCCUCUAUGGCCCAACCUGUUCCUGCUGUGGCUCCUGCCUCAAUUGCCUUGCCUUCUGCCCCUGCUACCAUGUCUACCUCAACCACUUCGUCUUCCACCCCCACUAGUGCACCUGCCCCAGCCACCUCCAUUUCCGUUACCACAUGCAAAGCUGCAGCAGUCCACAACAAGGACAAGAAAGGCACCAACAUGGAGGAUGCAAUUAUGGGUGAUGCCAAUGCUGCUUGA